AUGGUGUCUUCUAUCACUACAAAGCGGAAUACCAAUCUCAGAUGGAAACAUGUGGCACCUGAGAAACUACAGUUGCAAUCGCUGAGGGUCGCCAUAAUAGGCGGCACCGGCGGGAUAGGCCAGGCUUUGAGCCGGUUUUUGGACUCCAAAGGUGCAGAAGUGACCGUGGUGGGCCAAACCUACAGGGAAAACGAUACCAGCAACAUCAGGUUUAUUAAGGCCAAUCUGGAGCUGAUGUCCGAAGCGCAACGGGUGGCCCAAGAGCUUGUGGCCCAGCCUCUAGAUCUUGUCAUUUUUUCUGCCGGGAUUGUCGCUGCUCCGUCACGCGAGGAAACCGUCGAGGGUCUCGAACGCGACAUGGCCGUUAGCUAUCUCAACCGUCUUGUAAUUUUGCGUGCCCUUUUGCCCAAACUGGAGGAAACCAAGACCCACAUUUUGAAAAGGCCCAGAAUCUUCAUAAUUGGGUAUCCCGGAACGGGAGCUCUGGGAAGCCCCAACGAUCUCAAUUCUGAACGUCAUUACGGUGCUGUGGCUGCCCACAUGAAUACCGUUGCGGGAAACGAGGCUCUGGUUUUCGAUUGUGCGAAUCGAUGCCCAAACGUGAGUGUUUUUGGUCUAAAUCCAGGCUUAAUAAAGACAAACAUUCGCAACAAUUUUCUCGGGGCUGGCACUUGGAAAUCCCGCCUUGUUGAAGGCUUUAUUGGCUACUGGUUCCAAGAUGCUGACACUUACGCCAAGCAUAUUGGGCCCUUGCUAGUGACACCCGAUAUUGACGAGCAUAGUCCGGCUUUUUUCAAUGCCAAGGGCCAGGCCAUAUAUUCCCAAGGCUUCUCUAAACAUCAUAUCGAAUGGUUGAUAACCAAGUCCGAAGCUUUACUAUCCAAAGCUGGAGUGUCAGUGGAUUGA